AUGGGCCCCUGUACCGCCUCCCCAUGCUGCUGCCAGGCCCGUAAUCUGCCAUGGGCCCCCGUACCGACUCCUCAUGCUGCUGCCAGGCCCGUAAUCUGUCAUGGGCCCCUGUACCGCCUCCCCAUGCUGCUGCCAGGUCCAGAGUGUGUCAUGGGUCCCUGUACGGCCUCCCAUUGCUGCUGUCUCUAUCGCCACACUCUGCCAUGUGCCACUUUCAGGUCUCCUCACACUGCUGGUGGUUUCCAUUUUUGUCAUAGGGUGCUGUAUGGCCUCCCAUUGCUGCUGCCUCCACCGCCACACUGUGGCUCCACACUCUGGUUUUGGCCCCGUGACUGCCCAAAUGAGUGAAGUGUGCGGUGAUUCUAAGAUCGACGGCACUCAUCUGCAUGUCAUACUGACUGACAGUAUUAUUUCUCUUCCCCAGCAGACUCCAAGGGCAUUUAAAUUAAAGGUACAGUGUUCUGCACUAAUAUUA